UUCAUUCAUGAAAAUAAAGUGGAUCAUAAUAGUGUUGAUAACACGAUCUGAAGAGUGGAAAGACAACACUUUAUCCGGAUGUUCAAAUCAUUUUUUUUGUUUUUAAAAACCGACUUGUUUAAUGUUUUCAUGCAGAAUAAACAGUGAACUAAUAUCUCAAAAAUGGCUUGCGGCUCAUUACUGACACCAAAUGUGUUCAUCUCGGAACUUGAUCAGAUUCUGAACAUCUUAGAACGAGGCACAAUCGUCACACGAUUUUAUUUGAAGAAGCGGCCUGAGAAACGAACACUAAAGCUACGCAAGGAAACACGACAGAUUCUAUGGUCAAGGACAAGCAGUAGCAAUAAUAAAACCUUUGAUGGCUCUUUGGACCUCAAAGAUGCCAAAGAAGUACGCUGUGGUAGAAAUAGUAAAGAAUUUGAUAGAUGGCCUGAUGAAUUGAAGAAAUUUGAAGCGACCAAAUGUUUUGUCAUAUUUUAUGGCAAUGAGUUCAAGUUGAAAACUCUGUCUAUAGUUGGUAUGCUUGCUUACUUUAUGGAUUAYUUGUUUUCAAAACAAAAUGAGAUAUGGGAUCAAUAUUAUGACAAUAUAUUUCAGGAUAUGACAAAACCUCUUUCGCAUUAUUGGAUAGCAUCUUCUCAUAAUACCUAUUUAACUGGUGAUCAAGUAUCUAGUGAAAGUUCAGUUGAGGCAUAUGUAAGGUGUUUACGCUGGGGAUGUCGCUGUAUAGAAUUAGAUUGUUGGGAUGGACCAGAUGGAUUGCCAAUAAUAUAUCAUGGACAUACAUUAACCAGUCGUAUAAAAUUUUUAGAUGUCCUAAAAACGAUUAAAGAACAUGCUUUUAUUGCUUCGCCGUAUCCAGUUAUUUUGUCAAUAGAAGACAACUGUUCAAUACCACAACAGCGAAAUAUGGCAUCAACUAUGAUUGACRURUUAGGGGAUAUGUUACUUACACAACCAGUUGACCGGAAUGAAACUAAAAUGCCUUCACCUGAACAACUUAUGUAUAAGUUCAUAAUUAAACAUAAAAGACUUCCAGAGAAAGUUAAUGGAGACCAAGCUGUCACAAUAAGAAAUAAUGAUGAUUCUAAGGACACUGAUUUAAGAAACACGAAAAAAAAUGGAGUACUUUAUCUUGAAGAUUUGCUUGAAAAAGAAUGGAGACCUCAUUUUUUUGUACUUUCUGGUAACAAACUUUAUUAUACAGACCUMUGUAAAUCAGAUAUUGAUAAUGAAGAUGAAGCAGAUGGAGGAGAGUUGGAAACUAGUGAUAUAUCUAGUGCAAAUCGAUUGAGAGAAGGUAUACCUAAUGAUGAAUUACAUUUUGGAGAAUACUGGUUUCAUGGAAAAUUAGCUCGUGGUAGAAAUGAAGCUGAAGAACUAUUGAAGCAAUAUCAGCAUUUGGGAGCUGGUACAUUUUUAGUAAGACAAAGUGAUACAUUCAUUGGUGAUUAUUCCCUUUCAUUCUGGCAUCUAGGUAAAGUAAACCACUGCAGAAUACGUUCAAAGCAUGACAGAGGACAAAUAAAGUAUUAUUUGAUUGACGGUGCUGCAUUUGACAGUUUAUAUAGUUUGAUAACUUAUUAUCGUACAUAUCCAUUACGUAUACAAGAAUGYUAUAUUAUUUUGAACGAACCUGUACCUCAGCCUUUAAAACAUGAAGGGAUGAAUUGGUAUCUUCCUCAUGUUUGUAGAAGUCGAGCUGAGGCAUUAUUGCGACGAGUGCCACAUGAAGGUGCAUUUUUGGUGCGACCAUGUGAAAAUGACAAACAUCUUUAUGCUAUUUCAUUUAGAGCUGAAAAGAAGAUUAAACACUGCCGCAUUAAACUUGAAGGGCGAUUGUACACUAUUGGUGUAAAACAGUUUGAAAGCCUAGUGGAACUUAUUAAAUAUUAUGAACAAAACUACUUAUAUAAAAAAAUAAAGCUGUGUUUUCCUGUAAAUGAAGAUAUUGUUCAAAGAAUGGGAACUGAUAUUGAUGAUUCUUCAAUUUCAUGUACACCUGGUUAUAUGGAUCCGAGUAGUUUCAUAAAGAAGGUUACUGUGAAAGCAACAUUUGAUUAUGAGAGCCGACAAGAUGAUGAAUUAUCAUUUUGCAAGCAUGCUGUAAUUACAAAUGUAGUGAAACAGGACAGUGGUUGGUGGCGUGGUGAUUAUGGUGGAAAACGGCAACAUUGGUUUCCCAGUAAUCACGUAGAAGAAUUACAAGAGGCACACAUAGAAAAAUCUGACAGUGGGUCAACAGAAUCUAUGUUUUUGGGGAAUUCACAAAAAGGAAGUUUAGACUUAACUGGUGCUUUAGUCGAGAUCGGCAAAUUAAAUCAACUGAAACUUGAGUGGAUGAUCAAAAUACAAACCUCUAAUGCAUGCACCCCAUUCGUUGUWGGUGCAGUGUCACGAGAACAAGCAGAAGAAUGGAGAAAUCUUAUUAUUGAAACUGCCCAUAAUGCCAGUGCAAGAGAAACUGAAAAUAAAAAAAUGGAAAGACAGUUGAAAAUUGCCAAAGAAAUAUCUGAUCUUAUUAUUUAUUGUCGAUCAGUGGCUUUUUGUCUAGAAACACAAAGAGAACGUGGAUUUGUACACAAUGAAAUGUCUUCGUUUCCCGAAAAUAAAGCGGAAAAACUUAUGUGUCAUCAAGAAAGCGUAUUCUUCUUUCGUUAUCAUCAAGUUCAAUUUAGUAGAGUGUUUCCAAAAGGACAACGUAUUGACUCCUCUAAUUAUUCRCCAAUAGCUAUAUGGAAUACAGGAUGUCAAAUGGCUGCUCUAAAUUACCAGUCACCAGAUAAAGCAAUGCAGUUAAAUCAAGCCAAAUUUCGUUUAAAUGGUGGUUGUGGAUAUGUUUUAAAACCAGAUUAUAUGUUAGAUGAAAGUGAUAAACUCUCGACUAAUUGGAUGGAAGAGACAUUAUCACUAACUGUUUGUAUUAUUGCUGGUCGACAUGUUGGUAGACCAGGUCGCAACGGAAUUUCUAAUCCAUUCGUUAUUGUUGAAGUGUAUGGAGCUGAAUACGAUUCAGGAUUGAAACUAAAUACACGCACAAUACCUGAUAAUGGAUUUAAUCCAGUUUGGAAUGAAACUUCUGAGUUUGAAAUUGCAAAUCCUGCAGUUGCAUUUAUUAGGUUUGUUGUGAAUGAUGAAGACAUGUUUGGUGAUUCGAAUUUCAUAGGACAAGGAACUUAUUCGAUAAUUUCAUUGAGGUCAGGUUAUAGAAGCGUUCCACUAAAAAAUGGCUAUUCUGAAGAUAUUCCUUUGGCGUCUCUCUUAGUACAUAUCACAAUUAGAAGUAAUACUGUUAGUAAACCAAAUAAUAACUUUUUUUUUAAAUCUAUUCAAAGUUAAUUAUUUUGAGCCUAAUAUACUAAGUGAUGAUUUCUAGUUGUAUUUAUAAACUCUUUCAUUUAAAUUAAUAAUAAAAAUUUAUCACUUUCAUUGUAAGCAUAAUAUUUUACAUAAUAUAUAAAUUCAGUAGAGAUGCAAUUUU